GUUAUGUAUAUUUGAUAUGUUAACAUUUUUGUUGCAGUCUGAUUGGUGAUGAUAGUAAAUUGCUUAAGAGGAUUUUGGCAUUAUAAAUAGUCAUAUCAAAUUUGAGUUGUUAAAUGAGAUAGCCACUCGGAAAACAAGUACUAGAAAAACCAUGCCUGCUUUAGUGCUAACAAGGGCCCUCUUGUUAAUUGGGGAUUCUUUAGCUUUCAGAAAAGUUACACAGUUUACACGGAUAGCUCCAUCUCAAGGCAAUGUUCGCUUUUUAAGUAGCAGUGGAUCCCUCACUCUAUCUAGCCUUGGAUUGAAGAGUGAAGUUAAGACAGUAAGUGCAAAUGAGAAAAAUAAGCUCCAGCAGGGAAUUUCAACAAUUGAGGUCCCCAAGAGUAGAGAGAAGAAAAGAGUUAGUGGCAAUAAACAAGGAUUGAUUAAGGAGAAAAAUCCAGUAGAUAUAAUGACCGCACCAUUUGCUGCGAAGUCAUUUUCAGAACUUGGCAUUCCACCUUUGUUGGUCGAAAGACUAGAGAAGGAAGGCUUUACGAUUCCGACUGAUGUUCAAGCUGCUGCAGUUCCAACUGUUCUUAAAAAUCAUGAUGUUGUGAUCCAGUCCUACACAGGUUCAGGAAAAACAUUAGCUUAUCUCCUUCCCAUACUGUCUCGAGUUGGUCCGUUGAAGGAAGAACUUUCAGAUGGCUAUGAAACUGGGAAAAAAAUAGACAUCGAAGCAGUUAUAGUAGCUCCUUCGAGGGAACUUGGCAUGCAGAUUGUCAGGGAAGUUGAAAAGCUGUUAGGACCAGCGAAUAAGAAACUAGUCCAGCAGCUUGUAGGGGGUGCAAACCGAUCUAGACAGGAGGAUGCUCUGAAGAAGAACAAGCCUGCCAUUGUAGUGGGGACACCUGGGCGGAUAGCAGAGAUUAGUGCAGCUGGAAAGCUUCCUACCCAUGGUUGUCGUUACUUGGUAUUGGAUGAAAUUGAUCAACUCCUUGCAUUCACUUUCCGGGAGGACAUGAAGCGUAUAUUAGACCAUGUGGGGAGAAGACCUGGUGCACGCGGAGGAGAGUCAAAUAGUCCACUUGUCAAGCGAGCUGCACGUCAGACUAUCAUGGUGUCUGCAACAGUGCCUUUUUCAGUUAUAAGAGCAGCAAGAAGUUGGGGUUGUGAUCCACUUCUCAUCCAAGCCAAUAAAGUUGUUCCACUCGAGUCUGUCACUCCUGCUGGAUCUGUUAAUAUACCGGGAACACCUUCUACUACUGAUUCAAGCUCAAAUGUACAACCUAUGCCUGACGUUCAGAGCUUACCCCCUAAUUUGCAGCAUUAUUACACUAUUACUAGGAUACAGCACAAAGUUGAUAUGUUAAGAAGGUGUGUGCAUGCUCUGGAUGCCAAAUGUGUAAUAGCUUUUAUGAACCACACAAAACAACUGAAAGAUGCCGUCUUUAAACUAGAAGCUCGUGGUAUGAAUGCUGCAGAAUUACAUGGUGAUCUCAGCAAACUUGUAAGAUCAACAAUCUUAAAGAAGUUCAGAAAUGGGGAGAUCAGGGUGCUGCUAACGAAUGAGCUUUCAGCUAGAGGCUUGGAUUUACCUGAAUGUGAUCUUGUAGUUAAUCUGGGGUUACCUACGGACUCAGUUCAUUAUGCUCAUCGAGCUGGCCGUACGGGCAGGCUUGGCCGCAAGGGCACGGUAGUAACCAUAUGUGAAGAGUCAGAAGUCUUUGUGGUAAAAAAGCUACAGAAGCAGCUUUCCCUCUCCAUCCAGGCUUGUGAAUUUUCUGAGGGAAAUCUUGUCAUUAUAGAAGAUUAAACUGCAUAGCACUUGCUUCUGUCAAAUUUUUACAAGACAAAUCACUAAAGACAACUGAAAUUUGUUUACUAAUGGUGAGAGCUGAAAUGUUGUUGCUAGCCAUUAACAUGCGAAUUCAGAUGAGAUUUUGCCUUCUAAAGAAUGUGCCGAGCAGUCUACAUUGGAUCUGAAUAUCUGAUGGUAUGGUGAACGAGUUGCUUCGGCUUCUACUUAUUUGGAAUCAUAUAUGUAAGCCAAUUGAGACAAAUGUUAUUCAAGAUUUGUCUUUAGUUGUAUAGUACUAUGUGAAUUGAUGUUCUAAUGUUGAAUAGGAGACAACUGUAGGUUUUUAACUGAACCUACUUCUUUGUUCAUCAAGGAAGGUUGAGUAUUUUGGUUAUAUGGAAUCGCUAGUGUUUUAUAGUAUUUAUAAUUUUAU